ACUCCUCUUCUCAUAUCCUGCACAUACAUCAUGCAGACGCAGUGCGACCUUUGAAACGCCCGUGAAAAGGACGACCUUGAUCGGCGACACUUGCCAGAGACGACACCAUCAGCUAUCUUGCCGUGCCUUGGUACUCCUCAACGGGCAACUUGGCACAUUCUUGACGGGACCUCUUCGCAAAUAACACACUACUUGACUGUCACGAUGAAUACCGCCACGACGACAGCAGUGCAUCCUGCGAGUGACGACCACACGCAGCCCGUUCACACCUCUGCCAGGCCCAAUGGCUCUCCUCUGCCCGCUCGAUCGCCCUCAACGACCACGAAACAGGUCAAGAACGCUUCUACCCCGGACGUUCGAACCUCGAAGAAAUACAAGCACGUCUUCGCCAUUCACGCCGACACCCGAGCCUCUAUCUUCAGUAAAGAUGCGACCUCUUCGCCGUCGAAUCAUGGAUUUCGAAACCUGAUGGGUCUGAUCAUCGUGAUCUCAAACCUACGGUUGAUGGUGGAGAACUUCAAGAAGUACGGCAUACUCGUGACGAUCAGUGGAGCAGAAGUCUCGCAGAGCGAUCAGAGGUGGUUUUGGAUACUUUAUGCCCUUACGCCGUGCCAUCUAUUUGUGGCUUACUUGAUCGAAAUGGCCGCUGCGAGGUAUGCGGAAGCGUCAGCAAAGAGGAAGCACGAGACGAAGGAGGAGAAAGAGGUCGAUAAGAAGAAGGCGAACAAGUCCUGGUUUUCGACGUGGAGAAUGGUUGCGUGGUGCCAUGCUGUCAACGCAACGUUCAUGCUGGCGUUCGCGACGUAUGUGGUAUACUAUGGGAUACACAAUCCGGGACUUGGAGCCUUAAGUGAAAUUCACGCUGUGAUUGUCUGGCUCAAAGUUUGCUCAUAUGCCUUCACGAACCGCGACCUUCGUCAUGCCUUUCUCCACCCAGACCCCUCUGGGGUAUCAAAGCUUCCUCUCCUCUACGAAUCUUGCCCGUACCCGCAAAACAUCAACUUCAGCAAUCUCACGUACUUCUGGUGGGCCCCAACCCUGGUAUACCAGCCAGUCUACCCUCGCUCGCCACGAGUUCGAUGGGAUUUCGUCUUCCGACGCUGUUGCGAGUUCUCAUUCCUUUGCGUCCUGGUCUGGCUCACAUGCGCUCAAUAUGCGGUACCUCUACUGCAAAACAGCUUGGAUGAUAUCAGCAAGUUGCACGGAUACAACAUUCUGGAGCGAGUGAUGAAGCUGAGUACGAUCAGUCUGGUCUGCUGGCUUGCCGGCUUCUUCGCACUCUUCCAGAGCUUCCUCAACGCGCUCGCGGAGAUUAUGAGGUUUGGCGAUCGAGAAUUCUACAGUGACUGGUGGAACAGCUCGGAUGUCAGAAGCUACUGGACUUCAUGGAAUAAGCCCGUCUCACACUUCAUGAAGCGACAUGUCUACGCUCCGAUGGUCGGCCGUGGGGUACCACCCGUCCUCGCUCAGUUCCUUACAUUCAUGUUCUCCGGCGUGCUCCACGAAGCUCUCAUUGGAAUCCCAACGCACAACAUCCUCGGUGUCGCCUUUCUCGGAAUGAUGGGUCAGAUUCCGCUGAUUAUCCUCACGGACAUGAUCAAGAAGUUUGGAGGAAAGGGGCAGAAUGCAAAGCUCGUGGGCAAUUUGAUCUUCUGGUUGAGCUUCUGUAUUUUCGGACAGCCGCUGGCGGCGUUGAUGUACUUUUUCGCGUGGCAGGCAAAGUAUGGCGCUGCGGGUUCGAGGCCAGAAUGGCCUGAUCUUCCGAUGAGUUGGAACACAACGAAGACGUAGGGAUUGGGAGGCUUUGAAGUUAAGGCGUUUCUUGCCGCUUGGGGGCGUUCUGUAACAGUCAAUGCCGAGUGUUGUAAUAUGGAAGGCUUUUGAUGCUUCUCCG